AUGCCCAUCAACACGCUUACCGCUGGUGCUGCCGUCACUCCCACUGUCAUAAAGACAUGCAUAUCCCAUUAUGCCAACCGGAAGCCCCGACGCCAGAGACCAACUGCCCACAUCUCCUACGAUGAAGGCCUCCAUCUCAUGCGAGCCUUUCUCCACUAUGCCUCACACCAUACAGUGGAAGAUUUACAGUCCUUUACCGCGCAAUGGGUCCCCAGUCCAUCUUGGGUAAGGACUGAGGGUGUCACAAUCACUGGCGACCAUGUCUCCAAGGCUGCGAAGACGCUCAGGGAUCAACUGGGCGAGACCGGGAUUGCAGAAGUCGGCGGGACACAGUGGUGGCAAUGGAGACCCAAGGGAGCUGAUCUGAAAGCUGAGUGGGUGGAGAUGCGCGCACAUUAUAACGAACACAAAAGACAAGGUACGAAGAGCAGGAGGAUCAUGCUCUACAUCCAUGGAGGGGCGUACUUCUUCGGCAGCGUGGACGUCCACCGGUACCAGCUCCAAAGACAUGCUCGAAAACUCCAGGCUCGCGUGUUUGCCCCGAGGUAUAGGUUAGCACCACAGUUUCCCUUUCCAUGCGGACUACAAGACUGUCUUGCCGCGUACUUUUAUCUGCUUAGCAUUCACGACCCUUCCGAGAUCAUCCUGGCAGGGGACUCGGCCGGUGGAGGCAUGGUGGUCUCGAUACUCUGCAUUCUACGUGAUCAAGGACUCCCCUUACCUGCGGGUGCGAUUCUCAUCUCUCCAUGGGUGGACCUCACGCAUUCGUUCCCCAGUCUGAGCGGCAGUGCAGAAUUUGACUAUAUACCACCCUACGGCUUCAUGCAGAAACCUUCAACCUCAUGGCCCCCUCCCAAUGACGAAGAGAUAGCGACUAUCAGUAAAUUGGCAAAAGGCAAAAAUAUGUCUCUCAAAAAUAUCGAAGACGAGCCAAGCACGUCCGCGUCAAUACCUACCAAAGACGAUGGGGAUGUUGAGCCUGGGCAUCAAUUGCCGCUGUCCAUGGAGCUGGAUGGAAAGCGAGUUGUCUUGAGAGAUCAGAUCCAGAUGUACACAACCAACCAGCUCAUUGCCCAUCCCCUAGUGUCUCCUGUUUUGCAACCCUCUCUAGGUGGUCUGCCUCCGAUCCUCAUCCUUACUGGUGGCGAGGAAAUUUUGCGCGAUGAACAGAUUUAUCUUGCUCACAAGAUGGCAAAUCCCUCCAAGUUCCCCUUAGGAUCUAUUUACAAGGCAAGAUAUGAUCCAGAUGGUACCAUCCUCGCAAAAUAUAAACCCACACCAGUCCAAUUACAAGUAUGGGAAGAUCUGUGUCACGUCGCUCCAACCUUGUCAUUUACUCGCCCAGCCAAAUUCAUGUAUCGUUCGGUGGCACAGUUUGGGGCGUGGGUGCUAGCCAAGGCUCAGAAGAGGGCGAUCGAGAUCAUGGAUGACGACAAUAUCUCGGUCAUUUCCUCACUGUCAGACGAUAGUUCUCGGACGAAUACCGACGUCAAAUCAUCGGAUAGCAGCGCGGCAAAGGCAAAUUUGGACCCGAACAAGGCAACAGGCAGUGUUGGUCGAGCAGGGGACCCAAUCCCACCUUUCGAGAACAACAUGAUUCGUCAACGGAUUGACCGCCACGGAAGGAUCUAUCCCCUCGCCGAACCGCAAGAACUACCAGCCUUGCAAAUGCAUCCAGACCAGGUGGGGGUAGUAAAACCCGGUCCUGUACGGGAAUGGCUCGCGGCCAAAAAGAUUUGGGACACAAAAUAUGCCUCAACGAGGAGCAGAGUGCAGAAAGAACGAGUUCGGGCAUUAUCGAGUGGAAAGAUCAAGGCCUUUGAGCCCGGCGAACACCCUCCACCGUGCGCUCUCGCGAGCCGGCGGACGGACAAGGACCUGAUUGUCAAGAAACAGAAACGGAGCUACGGGCUCGCAAUGUGGAGUAUGUGGGGAAGCAAACAUGACGAGUCGGUGCUGAAGAGGGAAGAAGAGGCCGUGGAGGCGGAGAAAUCGGAGGAUAAACUCCUGGGACGAGAGGGCGAGGGAGGGACCUCACCUGCUGAUGUCGAUGGCGAGCGAUCUUCGACACGUUGGCGAAGUCAUAGCAUGAAGCGGAGCCUAAGUGCAAAACGGACGGCCAGCGAAUCAAAAACACGAGGCAGGAAACGCACCAUCUCGGUCACGGACAGAGGCCAAGCUGAAGGUCGUUAUGUUCCCCCAGUGGUGAUUCCGUCAGGUCCCCCAAGUUCCGCAGAGCUACUCAACACGGCAGGAGACCAACGAUCGGCUCCAUCUGGGCACAUAGCUUCGCCUGAAUCAUCCCUGCUCUCUGCAGGCUUCAUUCCAAAGUUCAAAACAGCAACACACCUUCGUGAUGACAGCGGUGGACAACACGGGUCUGUGAUGUCCGAUGCUGCAAGCACAAUGACUGGCCGUAGCGGGAUCGCGGCCGAUGAUGCCAGCACUCGUGCGGUAUUUGCCGUGUCAGGUAUUUCGAAGAGCCUCGACUCACAGGAAAUGGAGAGGGCAAAGUCAUCAAGUCCAGGUCCGAACACAAGACCAGGAAGUCCUUUAGCAAACGAAACAAGAAGUUUCAUUUCUGGGAGUGAAGACUUCGAUGAAGGUGCAGCAAGUAUAAAUGUCGGCGUUGAUCGGGGCACCAUUAUUCCAGGGAGAGCUCGCAUCGGGCCUUUUGGAAACGAUACACCUCGAAGCCACCGCAGUCUGGAGCGGUUACAAAGCCACCAACGCGACGAAGGAAUGGAUCGUCUGGCUCCGCUCAGAAGCCCAAGCUCCACUGCUAUUGUGAAGGCAGAAGGCGUGGUUGGUAUGGUUGACAAUGCAGAGCAUCCGGGAACAGGGGCAGUGGAAGACCGUGAGAGCGAAGAAGAUCAGGCAGACAAAAAGAAGGAGGUAAAUGGAAUAGGCAAAGAGGAGGCAGUCAGCGUUCAGGAAGGAUCAGUCGGAAGACAUGUUGAUGGGGUUAUAACUGAGCGGCCCAAGAUGUAUGAGAGGACGGAGACAAAGUUCCAAACGGCGAUGGAGAGUCCUUCUUGA